AAAACAUAGCAACAGGAAUAUUAGUUUAGUUACAUUCCCACGAACCCAGUCUCUGUUUUUGUCCUUUUUUUCUUUCUUUCUUAAUCCAUGCGCGUUGUGGAGGACAGACAGAAUGCACGAAGUUCAGAUCUAAGCUCUAAUACCAAUUUCAUAGAGAAGGUUCAGUAACGCUGUUUUUGCUGAGUACUAUAUAACAUUAACAUCGUCGUGGUCAUAACAUAAACAAUUGAAUGAUGUCGCGGAGACCUGUGAAUCUGUCUCGGCGAUUUGGAGACAGCGGAGGUGGAUUGUUUUCAUCGUCGAAAUCAAAGACUUCGCCAGCUUUGUCGGUUGGGCUCAUAAUUUUGGGAGGCUUGUUUCUCAUUGGCUAUGUUUACAAGGGCUCAGGUGGAUUUGGCAGCCGUUUGGAGUCUUUCAGCAGGCUUCAAGAUCUUCCAAAUGCAGGUGACUCUUUGUGUACUGGAGAGGUCCCACGAGCAAUUCCCAUUUUGAAGAAAGCAUAUGGUGAUAGCUUACACAAAGUUUUGCAUGUUGGCCCUGAUACGUGCUAUGUGGUCUCUAAAUUGCUAAAAGAGGAGGAAACUGAAGCCUGGGGUAUAGAACCUUAUGAUAUAGAGGAUGCUGAUGCUAAUUGCAAAGCACUUAUUCGCAAAGGCAUUGUGCGUAUGGCUGAUAUCAAGUUUCCUCUUCCAUACAGGCCAAAAGCUUUCUCUCUUGUAAUCAUUUCCGAUGCCCUUGAUUUCUUAUCUCCCAGAUACCUUAACAAAACUCUUCCGGAUUUGGCAAGGGUAUCAACUGAUGGAAUAGUGAUAUUUACUGGUUUUCCAGAUAAUAAAAAGGCUAAGGGUGCAGACGUUUCUAAAUAUGGAAAAACGGCUAAGAUGAGGAGUUCAUCCUGGUGGGUCCGGUAUUUCCUUCAGAUUAACUUAGAGGAGAAUGAUGCUGCUUCCAAGAAGUUUGCACAGGCUUCAACUAAGAGUUCAUAUAUUCCAAAUUGCCAGAUAUUCCACCUGAAGUCUCUCAAUUGACUUUCACGAUGAUUGCAUUUGAAUUAUUGAAGCUCCCAAUGGUUGUUACCCGUGAGUUUCAUCUAAAACGUUUUUUUUUCUAUAAAAGGUAAUUUAAUUUAUCAAAUUUUAAUUAAUUUCUUAGUUGAAUAGGUGAUCUUAAAUGCAAUGGAAGUGAUUAUUGUACUUUAAAGGAACGUAACUAUUUCAUUGAGAUAUAGAUUGAAUCUCGUUACAUA